UAUGACGACACAACGAAAGAUGGCGCUCCCCGUGCGGACUAACUUGAGACAUGUCUUCAGGUUCAUUGAGAAAUUUAAUUCGCCUAAAAGGUUCCUCUGCCUUGGAGCCUGUCCGGAAAACAAGGAGCAUGCAGGAGGACGGCGCAUAUUUUCUGGGAUCCAGCCAACUGGGGUUCCCCACCUGGGCAACUACCUGGGUGCCCUGGAGAACUGGGUGGCCCUGCAAAACCAGUAUCCAUCAGUGCUCUACAGCAUUGUGGACCUGCACUCCAUCACCCAGCCUCAGGACCCGACCCAGCUCAGGAGCAACAUACUGGACAUGGCAGCCAGCCUGCUGGCCUGCGGCAUCGACCCAGAGAGGGCAAUACUCUUCCAGCAGUCUAAGGUGUCUGAGCACGCUGAGCUCUCCUGGAUCCUCGGCUGUCUGACCAGCAUGCCCCGCCUCCGACACCUGCCACAGUGGAAGAUGAAGAGCAAACAAAAGAAUGAAGGCAGUGUUGGUCUCUACACGUAUCCUGUCCUCCAGGCUGCCGAUAUUCUUCUUUACAAGUCCACUCACGUCCCCGUCGGAGAGGAUCAGGUCCAGCAUUUGGAGCUGGCUCAGGAUCUCGCUCGCAUCUUCAACCACCACUAUGGAGACCUGUUCCCUGGACCCUGCGCCCUGCUGAGCUCAACACGGAAGGUCAAAUCCCUCCGUGACCCCUCCGCUAAAAUGUCCAAGUCCGACCCCCAAACCAUGGCGACGAUUACCAUCACAGACUCUCCUGAUGACAUCGCCCUCAAGGUCCGCCGUGCUGUCACCGACUUCACCUCCGAGGUCACCUUUGACCCAGAGACACGUCCUGGAGUGUCCAACCUGGUGACGAUUCACGCCGCUAUGGCGAUGAUCAGCGUGGAGGAAGCUGUGUCCCAGGCCAGAGGGUUGGACACGGGAGCCUACAAGAAGCUUGUGACUGAGGCCGUGAUCCAGAGGUUAACACCUAUUAGAGAGGAGAUCGAGAGGCUGAGGUCGGACCGGGCUCACCUGGAGAGAGUGCUGGCUCAGGGGAACAGCAGGGCUCGGGAACUGGCUUCACCGGUGCUCAGAGAGGUCCGACAGCGAGUGGGAUUCUGCUGAGAGGCGGCUGGACUGGAAAAUAAAGCCACAUUUAUACUGCAGGUCUUGCUCAGUACUUAACUGCUGCUGAUAUCAAAUUUUAUUCCAGUGACUGUUUACAUGUCUAAAACAGUCAAGAAUGUAAUAUAUUUAAAACAAAAUGUGCUGAAAGCAGCGUGGAAAAGACUCAACAGCAGACUCAGAGGUGAACAACCUUUUGUUAUUUCACCUUCUAUAUUUUUCUCAUUGAAAUGAAUGAGGAGGCCUCGUCUUUUUAUGCAGCGGUAAUGUUGGUCUGAGCGCAGCAGAACAAGAAGAGAAGAUGUUUUUUUGUACUUGUACCACACACACAUUCUGAGGACACUGCCACUUAUUUAUCUGCCUUUGAGUUUCAGCUGAAUUUAGUUCACAGGUGUUGAGAUCUGAAGUCACGUCCAUGUCUCUGUUCACAGUGGCAGCUCAGGCCAGUUUUUCUUUAUAUCCAGGUUGGAAUGAGAUUAGAUUUGUUAAAUCUCAUCUGACAAAGACAAAACACAGUUAAUCAGAAGUGCUUUACAAAGCAGGAAGAAAUAAUUCCAAUAAAUACAGAUGUAUAUAGAUAUAUUGAAUACAAUAUAUUGAAUACAACACAGACGAGGGCAUGAAAAAGCAAAGGUCAGACACAGUUGAAAGCUACUGUAAGUAUCAGCCUGCAGGACACGUUCUGAUGUUGUGUACCUGCAGACAGUAUGUGAGUAAUGAAACACAGAGAGACAACUUAAGAGGUUCUCUGAUGCAAAAACUGACA